AUGAACAACUCGCCUCCAGAUCCCGAGACAUCGCCAACGGAGUCGUCGCCGGAUCCGUUGACUUCUUCUCCUAUAAACGAUAAAAAGAAGCCCAGACUUCCUGCUUCUUGUUCUGUUUGUAGAAAGAGAAAGACCAAAUGCGAUCGUCUAAAACCAGUGUGUGGUCUUUGUAAGCGAAGGAGUAUCUCUCAUCUUUGCUUCUAUGAAUCAGAUACGCUGGAUCGCCACCAUAAUUCAAAUGUCAUUGAGCUUCCGCCAUUAGAGGCUCCAAAUGCCCCUCAUUAUCACCACCAGCAGCAACAACUUCAGAGUAAAAUUCACAAUCUACCCCAACAUAAUAACCCACAACAACAACAACAACAUGCUGCCCUAUCACACUCCCAACUAAUGCAACCUCCUGGUCCUCCUGGUCCUACUGGUCCUCCUGGUCCUCCUCAUGCACCUGGUCCUGGUCCAGUUGCCCUAAGACAAGUACACCCUUUGUCUAACAUACCUCAACAAAUAGUAAAUACACAAGCUGCUCCUUCUGGACCUUCAAUGAUCUUCCCAGGCCAAUAUGGUACUCAGAACCCACCAGGUACCCUCCCACCAUUACAGAAACCCAACGAGGAAGCUUUGGUGCAACCAAACCACCAUCUUCCUCCCCAAGCUUGUUCCCCUAUGACAACAUCUACCUCCAGAGUGUCUUCGAUUCCUGAAAGCGUAGCCAUAAAGCAGAAUCAUCAGCAUGAGCAUCAACAUGAGCGUGAGCAUCAGCAUCAGCAUCAGCAUCAGCAUCAGCAUCAGCAUCAGCAUCAUCAGCAUGAACAUCAUCAUCAGCAUCAACAUCAUCAUCAGUAUCAACAGCAGCUUGAGCAGCAACAACAAAUACCUCCGUCAAUGAUGGCCCAACAGCAUAUGCCUCCAAUAACGCAACUUCAACCUCCUCAACACCUCCCACAACAGCAAAUGUCACCUCCAAUUCAACAACAACUUCCUAUGCAAGCCCAACAAACACCAAACCGCCAAACUAAUCAUGUGCCUCCACAUGAGUUCCGGCAACCGCGAACAGUAGGUAGCAGCAUUUCAUCCCUCUCACUGGUGGCAGGAGGACCUGAGAGUGCAGAUCACUUAAGAUUGUUGGGUAGAUCCAAUAUGUCACCACAAACUAUUAGCAAUUCGGAACUUGACUCUCCUCAGGACAAGAGCAUCACUUCUGAAUCUGUUGCGGGGGAACCAUCAACCAUAGAAAAUGGCUUAGUGGCUAUAGAAAUUGGUCCCAACUCUAUAUUGCAUAUAUUGGAAAAUGAUCGUAUGGACGUGUUUUCCAAUGCUAGUUUCUCUUUCAGUACUGAAGGUCGUAACUGGCAGAACCAAGGAACUCUCACUUAUGUUGGGUUGACAAAGAGUGAUUCCUUUUUAAAAACUUUAAGAUACUUUGCUUUAGCGUUAUUUCAAUCAGGUUUGAUUCGUCAGUUUGUGAAAAAGAGAACUCUUGCGCCUUCUGGAGUGGACCAACCACCCAUGAAGAAGCUAAGGCGGAAGAGUGUACCGAUAAACCUCAAUGAAACCGAUUCAGAAAGUCACGAAGAGAUCCAAACACCUGAAAAAUUAGGCAAAGAAGAUGAAAUGGAAGAAGAUGGAAUAGUAGUGACCAAAAUAGACGGUUUAAACGAAGACGAUGGAGUUGACGACGAGAACCCGACACCUGUUUUCCCCAAAUGUGAACAGGAAGGUUUGCAUGAAGACCUUCAAAUGUUUAUUCAUGCGCAAAUGGGUAACGAAAGAUCAUAUGAAGCCAUUGCCAACAUUGCAUUAAAAGUUAUUCCCUCUAAAAGAACGUGUCAUUUCUUAUUACGUCGUUUUUUCUGUUAUGUCCAUCCUUUCAUUGCUAUUUUGGACGAAGGUAAAACCUGGGAGUAUCUAGCAUCAAUCACCGGAGAAAGACAAUGUGAACCUGUUGACGAAAAGAUUACUAAGAUUGUUAUUCGGUCUGACAGAGACUUGCAUAUCUUAGGAAUCGUCUUGUUAACCACUCGAUUAGGUUAUAUGUCUAUGAUGCAUAAUUCUAUGUCUGAAGUCAACUUCACAGAAAUCGACCGAGCUGUGAUGACCGAAGUGGGAAGGGUUAGUGUCGAAGACUUUAGUUCUGUUGUACAUUUCUGUAUUGGGGACUUUUUACAAUCUAAGUCAUCAUUGGAGUACAUAUUAUUCCUCACGUUAGCUUAUUUCUUCAGAAAAGUGAACCCAGUUGACGGUGAAGGUUUAGCAGGAGCUGACUCAAACAUUCUUUUCAGUACCAUCUGUUCUUCAGCUAUUGGUAGCGGGAUUCAUCGUGACCCAACUACCUACAAUCAACACCCUACUAUUUAUAAGAAUGCUGCAUUAAUCAACCAGUGGAGGAGAUUAUGGUCUUAUAUUGUCAUGCAAGACACGGCGUCGGCCAUGUACAGAGGUACUCCUAUGAAUAUUCCAAGUCUUGAUAUUUCAGAUGUGCAGUCUCCUACUCUCCAACAACCCGGAUGGAACGACUGUUAUGCCAAUUUAUGGGAAAUAUCAGAGGGAUACAGGAGGAUAUGCUAUAGGAUAACCAAUAUUCGACUUAAGCCCAAGGUUGCUGAAAUAUUGAAUUAUGCUAAAAAACUAGAGGGUUUAUUUUUGGAGUAUUUUGGGACAGACUUCUUCAAAGAAUAUAUUUGUAAACCUGCUCCAGGGUCCGAAGCACUUACCUCUGUUGGGAUAAUGAGGUCAACCCCUAGUCUGAUAAAUGCUACUAAUGAAGAAGAAGACCAAUCUCCAUCCACAAACAUGACUCUUGCUCUGAGCUAUUCCGAGGGUACCAUAGUUCCUCCAUUCAGCAAUAAGGCCUACGAAACGUAUCCUCGGAACAGUUGGGAGCCUUUAAUACCAUCAGAAAAUAUACUAAGCGAAAGGGCGGUGAAAGUGGUGAAGUUCUGCAAGUUCAUUGAGUUAAGAACCAAUUUAAGUUCCAUGUAUUUCAUGGUUGCUACUCACUAUGAGAAUGCUUACAAUUCUGAGAAAACUCCUUCGAUGAAAGCUGGAAUUGAAUUGUUCAAAAUCUAUAUCAAGAGUGUUGUACAAUUGGUGUACAUUAUGAGUUACAUCUUAGAUAACACUGUUGAAUUAUUUGGAGAAAACUAUGACUUUUUGAUUACUUCACAUUUGGAAAAGUGUAUGAUCAAGACACACAGUUUUCUUUCAUCCUUUUUUGCCAGAUUAUUGCAUCACAAGAAGGAACUUUCAAAGCAGAAUAACAAGCUUGAUCCAAGUAUCGCCUCGAGACUUGAAACUAUCAAUUCUCUCUUCAACAUGGUGAUUUUAGAUGCUGAAUUGUUUGUGGGGAACUUUAGAAAGCUUGGUAGAAGAUAUAAGAAUUCCCAUCGUCUUUAUGUUAUGGCGAGAUUCUUCUUCCAACAAUGUACUAUCAAUCCUGAUGCUAUAUUUGAGAGCAAAGAUCCUCGGUUUUAUCAUGAUGGAACCAACAUGCUUGAAUUCUUCACUACAAAUGAAUUACAAUAUCUUUGCAGUUUAUGUGAGGAGUUCAAAGCCCGUAAGAAUGAACAAUUGAAUGCCACCAAACACAACAUUCGACUGCAAUCUUCAUUUUCACGAGAUUCAAUUUCCCCAUCUUCAAAUAUAAGUGAACCUCAGAACACUUUUAAUACUUUAAUGAGUGUCAUGGGUGAGUCUCAGUCUGAAGCUUCAUCCUUCCUGAACUUUGAACCGGGAAAAAUCCCCUUUGACCCGGCUUCCUUUUCAGCAGGAGACUUGGGAGACUUACAAGAUUUACAAACGUUCCAAUUGACGUCAGAACAAUUGGAUGCUAUCUUCCCUGGUGGCAGAGGUGUUGGUGCUACAAAUGCUGAAUUCCUCAAGCUCUUUGAGAUCUUUGGCGCUGGAAUGUGA